UUGAUCUGAUUUAACAGUAUGGUAGGAUGUUGUGCCUCUUUCUCUUUUUUUGAUUUAAAUUGAGGUUAUGGAACCACUUUUGGGCUUUUGUCAUUCUUUUCCUAAGGGUCCCCCUUUUUUUUCUUUUCGCGAUUUUCUUUCCUCAACCCUCACUUUGUGUUUGCGUUUGGGCAAAAUACAAAAAUGCGAUCAGUACGAUCAUUUUUCUGCUAAUCCUGAAAUCUUAAAAACCCACAUUCGUGAUCACCACGUAGCCACUGUGUACUAUGGAGAAAGUAUGGUAUUUUGUUUUUGGAGAGAGGGUUUCCACAUUCUAACAUCAUUAUUUUUUGUAAGUUUGACACUCAUCACUAGGAACGAAAAAGGCUUCGCUUGCCCAAUAUGCCUUAAAAAUAACAAAACAACACGAUCAUUCACUACCCAUCUCAAAAAUCACGACUUAGAUGUGUCCUUGUGAAGAAGAGAAAACUCGAUAGAUUGGAUUCUGCUGAUGAACACUGUGUGGACAAAGAAGAGACAGAUGAAGACACAGAUCAGCAUCUGGCUGGCGAAGUAGUAGAUGAUGAA